AUGGGCGAUGAACUUGAAGAAGCGGAUGUAAUUUUCGUGCACGUUGAUGUAUCGAGUAAACACGAUAACUUUUUCAAAUUUGGAAAGCGUGAGACUAAAAGAUUAAAGAGAAGGAAGACAAAGAAGAGGAAGAUAGCAUCGGUUCCAAUUAACAUACCGGAAAACAAAUCUAACGUGUAUGAACAAAUGGCGCUUGAAUCCGAUUUAUUUGAAGAAGAUGAUGGAAGCGAAGGACGAAUGAUUCCACCUCAUGUAUUACAGGGUCGGAAAAUCGCAGAAAAUGUAGCGUAUUCCAUAUGCACCCGACGAAGAGAGACCUUGAAGAUUAGAGACUUCAUCCUCAAGAUGACUGGCUUUCAUGAAAAUUGA